AACAAGAAAAAAGAUGGGUUCAACAAUAGGUUGUUGGCUUGGGCAGAAGGCAUGUCUCGAUUUUCCCCAUGUCAGAUCUACAUCAGUACAACAUCGCUUUCACAGGUCCAGAGGUCGAUCGCCGGUUUGCAAUUUUGGAGGUCAUUUUCAGUCCCGGUCUCAUGGCCGCUUUUCAGACAGGUUUCGUAGAAACAAGGGUUUUUUAAAUUCUUUCUCAUCAAAACCUCCCCUGUUCACUUGAAACCCUCCCUCAUUUUUUUGAAACCGGAGGCUCUCUCGUUCACGACCAUUUCCCAGAUUGGACAAAGGGAAGCAACCAGUAUUUGAUAUAGCUUUUGAUGAUAGAGGUCUUGGCCCUUUGCAGGAUUCCGAAUAUCUGGACCCUUCUAGCUCUUCCAAUCCACCCUUCCUUUCAUCCUUGAACAACAUGUCCUUGGGUCCCUUAGAGAAGCAACGACCUCUAUUUCCUACAUUCCCCAAUAAUAUCCCUAUUCAACCUCCCUUCAAACCAAAGGUAUCAGAGCAUAACACACAUGAGUGUAAUCUUCAAUAUAGGUAGAUCUGGAGAAAAAAGACUGCUCCAACCGUUAAAUCUUUGAUUGUGGCAGAAAUUUGUAAUGUGGGUAGAGGACAACCUGAUGGGUUCUUUAAAAAUUUUCAACCUGAUCGCCUCUUGGACAUGCAAGUCUCAGAUCUCCGUAAUCGUGUGCUCAUUGGAACAAGAAGAAGCAAUUGCAGCUUUUCUGGCAUAUUAUGCGUUUCAUUGCUGAGGAACUCAUUAGCACAAGCUUUCUUUCAUAACAUUCGCUAUUAUUUUCAAGCAUGCCUUCUGAGAUGUGGGCUUCAUCAUGCCCCCUAUAAUAGCACCAAAUUGCGUCAAACAAAUUGCACAAGUGCGUCAAGUAUUUUAUCGACCAACAAUCCCACAGAGAGCAGUGUAGGUGAUCAAGAAAUCGAUGACCGCCGCACAGAGAGUAGUGUAGGUGAUCAUGAAAUCGAUGACCGCCGCACAGAGAGUAGUGUAGGUGAUCACGAGAGAGUAGUGUGAAUUGACUGUCAAAUGAUUGUAUCUCAUGGUCACCUACCCUGCUCUCUGCACGGCGUCAUCGAUAUCAUGAUCGACCGUCAAUUGACUAUUGGAGAAAACCGAUUGCAGAUUACAAAAAGGCAAAUCCAAGUUCAGAUAAAUGUUUCCCCUUCAAUAGAUUAAUGGUCUGAGAAUGGUGCCAAUAGUUCGAGAUUGUUGCUCGAAAAAAUAAUUGACCCAUCUGUACAAUUGUUUGAUCCAAUAUAACGAAGCCCGCAUCUGGGAAGGCAUAUUUGAAAAUCAAAUGCAGAUUACAGAAAAGCAAAUCCAAGUUCAGGUAAUUGUUCAAGAAAAGAACAGAGAGAUUACUGGGUUUGAGAUGGGUGUGAAUUGAAGAGUAAUUGUUCGCACAGUUGUUUUGGGAUCCCACCCACCCGGUCAAAGGGUUCUGGUAGAGGAGGUUUAUUAUAGAGGAAGAAGUGAAAAAAUUCUUGAAAUUAUUUCCGCAUCAUUGUAAAUCAUGAAACAACACUCAUUAUUUGUAAAUGCGUCUACUGUAUUAGGAGCUUUUUAAGAUAAAAACAAUAAUAUUACUGUUUCAAGAUUA